AUUGACUGGUACCAUUCGGGAUGUACCGGGAGUAACCGGACUUGAAGAAGCGCUUGAACUCCGCUGAACAGCAAAUUCGUUACUCGCCGCUACCGCCAGCAUCGUCGGACGGAGAGAUUCAAUUCUCAACAUACCAUGGCUUCCUACCAUGCGGUCAAAAAAUCCUUAAAUCUCGCCCCUACCGUGCGCGCGCUCCCAAGUGGAAUUCCGAGCGCGCCGCGUCUCAACUUCGCGGCACGAGCACCUUCGGAUGGCCAUGGCCAUGGUCAUGGUGCGGCAGGCCCCCGUGCUGAUGUCCCCACCCGCUUCACCGGAACCGUCACGAGUCCUGCAAUUGGUCUAGUUUCCAAGACUUUCGUUGCUCCUCCUCCCACGACUCACCUUCACCAGCGCCUGAUUCACACCUCCGCUGCAGUGAAAGAUGCUCCUCAAGUGCCUGAUUUCAGCCCCUACCAACCGAAAGACGAGAAUGCCAACCGCGCCAUGUCGUACUUCAUGGUCGGCUCUCUCGGUGUCCUCUCCGCUUCUGUUGCCCAGUCUACUAUUACUGGCUUCUUGGAGACCAUGGCUGCGUCGGCUGACGUCCUCGCUCUCGCGAAGACCGAGGUCGAACUUGCCAGCAUCCCGGAGGGCAAGAAUGUCAUUAUCAAAUGGCGUGGUAAACCUGUGUUUAUCCGUCACAGGACCCCUGAUGAGAUAGAAGAGGCACGGAGUGUUGACUUGAAGGCACUCAGAGACCCUCAAAGGGACGAAGAUCGGGUGAAGAAGCCUGAGUGGUUGGUUAUGCUUGGCGUUUGCACUCACCUGGGUUGUGUUCCGAUUGGCGAGUCAGGCGACUACGGAGGAUGGUUCUGUCCAUGUCAUGGUUCUCACUAUGAUAUUUCUGGCCGUGCCCGCAAGGGACCUGCUCCGCUUAAUCUAGAAAUUCCUCCUUACGACUUCAACGAGGUCGACGGAAAGCUCGUUGUUGGCUGAGAUUGAUCGUAUACUGUUGUUAUUUUCGUGUAAUGGAAGCAUAGACAUUACUAGAAGUCAGCUUGCAGUUGCGUCCAUCAAGAUUUGUGGGAGAUAACCCUUGCUGAGGAGUUCUGAGUAUAGCACGGUGGUAACAAGUAGACUUAUAUACAUUGCAACGCGUACGGUACAGU